CGGAGCACCAGAACUCAUGCGGCGAAGAACCAGAACCAACAAGCUAGGGCUUCCUUCAGUUCUCCCAUCGAGGAGAGAGAAGGGGAGUGAGCAUAAACCCUAAUCCCCCUCAAACUCCAUUAAGGUGUAAUCUCUUAUAGAUGGCAAGAGAACCAAGCCCAGAAAUAGAUGACGAGCUUUUCAAUGAAGUUUAUGGGAAGGAAUAUACUGGUCCACCUAGACCAACUGGAAAUAAUGGAAGUGGAACCAUGAACAUGGCCAAUAAAAGACCACAUGAUGACCAUUCUGCUGAUGAUGAGGAGCCUCCAGAUCCUAAUGCUGUUCCUACUGAUUUUACUAGCAGAGAGGCCAGAGUUUGGGAGGCUAAAGCUAAAGCAACUGAAAGGAAUUGGAAGAAGAGAAAAGAGGAAGAGAUGAUCUGCAAAAUAUGUGGGGAAUCAGGUCAUUUUACUCAGGGUUGCCCAUCCACUCUUGGGGCAAACCGCAAAGCUGCAGAUUUUUUUGAGAGAGUACCUGCAAGAGACAAGAAUGUGAGAGCCCUUUUCUCUGACAAAGUGAUCAGUCAGAUUGAGAAGGACGUUGGUUGCAAAAUCAAAAUGGAUGAGAAGUUUCUAUUUGUCAGUGGAAAAGACAGGCUAAUCUUGUCUAAAGGUGUAGAUGCUGUUCACAAACUUAUUCAGGAUGAUAAAAAUAAAAGCUCUACAAGUUCACACGGGGCAAGAUCCAAAUCCCCUGUUCGAAGUCCAGCAGAUUCUCAUUAUAGGCGUUCUGAGUCCCAAAAGUCGAAUCCUAGUCCAAGAAGCAUGUCACGCUUCCAGAAUAGGCCAUUUAAUCAAGAACGGAUUAUUGAAAAUCGAGUACGUGAUGAUCUGCAAAAGCUGUCAAGGGAUUCACCACGUGGAAGAGCUUAUGCUAGUGAUGGACCAAGAGGACAAUCAACCCACUCCAGAUCACCUCCACGCACUAGUUUUCGACCAGAUUCUUUUAGUUCAAUUGAUGGUCAUAGUCAUAACACUGCGGUGCAGAAAACUGAUAGCUGGAAUGUAGAGAGAGGUAGGACAGAUUUUCAUUCUGAAAAGGGGUUCAGUUUUCCUCCUAAUCCACAAACUUUGGAAGAAUUAGAAAUGGAAUUUAAGAGGGAAGCCAUGGAUAUUGGAAGACUUCGUGACCAAGAGGAAGAUGAAGAAAACUACAAGCAUCGUGAGUAUGUACGGGAGCUGAGAGAGAACUAUAUGAAGAAACUUGCUGUUAUGAGAGGCAUGCACUUGAAACAGUGGGAGGAAUUUCUUCAGUUUGAUAUCCAAAGGCGACAGCAAUCUCGCUUCAAUGCAUACAACCAACCUGCUUACCCAGAAUUUAACCAGUCGUCCAGGGAUCCUCAAUACGGGGGAGCCAAUUUACCAAUGGAUUCAAGGAACAGACACCCUUUUCCUAGUGAGGACUACCAGGCCUCGAGGCCCCAUGAUUUAUAUGGUGGUGAUUUUCAGCGUCAAAGGCGUGAUGAUUUUGGGAAUCAGAGGCAUGAUGAUUUUGGGAGGGCCUAUGGCAGAUAUUGACCUUAGGAUGUAUUUGAAGGGGUGCGUAUAUCGUCGUCCCAGAUAACCCUUCAAAGCUUUGAUUCUCAGGUAAGUAUUCAUAACUAUCUGGAGGUAAAUCAUAUUCAGGGAAUGUAUGCGGUCGGUUAAUGAAGAUGUUGAUCUGGUAAAGAUUUUGCAUAUGUAGACGGUAUUUGGACUCGGUGACACCCUCCUGGGUUUUGUUUGCAAGGUAGCUUCUUUGUAGUCGCUUGUAUUUUGUCGUUCCCAAAUGCAAAGUGGGUAAAUCUCAUAAUUGCAUGCUUGUUCCAUUCUUCAAAAAUUGGAUGAAUACUCAGAAAGUGGAUAUUAUUGGUUGACUGUCGCUGUCAAUAGAUAAAAUGUGUGCGUGCUUACUUUGUUUAG